AUGGAAGAUAACAGGUUUUCCGUCUCGUCCGCGGAGGCGGAGAAUAAGAAGAAUGGAAUUCUCAUGGGUGCCAGCAUCAUCACACGCCCCCUCCGCUCGUCGGCGGAGACUGUGGAGCGUGGGGAUGGCGCGGUCAGCAACCAGCCCGACACCUGGCUCCACGACGCCGGCUGGAGGCGGAAGAGGUCGCUCGCCCAGCUUACGCGCGAGGCCCUACCCAGGAUGGAGAACUACAGGAACUCCAAGCGGGCCCUCAAACGACCCAGCCUUGGAGAGCUGCACGGCGACAACCUUAUAACUGAAGAGGACGAGCAACGACACAACCAGAGGGAUACCAAAUCACCGACGCCCGUGGUUGGAAUAAAGUUAGGAUGGAUCCAGGGUGUGCUUAUACCAUGUCUGCUAAACAUUUGGGGCGUUAUGCUGUUCCUGCGAAUCUCCUGGGUGGUUUCGCAGGCCGGUAUAGGCCUGUCACUUGUCAUCAUCGCGAUCUCGGCGAUCGUUUGCGUGAUCACAACGUUAUCGAUGAGCGCCAUCUGCACCAACGGGGAAGUGAAAGGAGGUGGCAUCUACUACAUCAUAUCGAGGUCCCUCGGCCCCGAGUUUGGCGCGUCUGUCGGUAUUAUCUUCGCCUUUGCGAACGCUGUUGCGGCCAGCAUGAACACCGUCGGCUUCUGCGACUCCCUGAACGACCUGCUGGGCACCCAGGGCGUGAGGAUCAUUGACAACGGCCCGAAUGACACGAGGAUUGUGGGCACCGUGGCCCUGAUACUUAUGUGCAUCAUUUGCGCGGUAGGAAUGGACUGGGAGAGCAAGGCGCAGAAUUUUCUGAUAGCGAUCAUCGUUGUCGCCAUGAUCGACUUCAUGGUGGGAACUUUCAUGGGGCCAAAGGAUGUGGAGGAAGUAUCGAAGGGAUUCGUCGGUUUGAGUGCUACAAUAUUCAAAACGAACUUCGGACCGGACUUCAGAUACAGCGAGAAUUUGGAUCAGAACUUCUUCACAGUCUUCGCAAUCUUCUUCCCCUCAGUCACUGGGAUUCAAGCAGGCGCCAAUAUAUCGGGAGACCUUAAGGACCCUGCGUCGGCCAUUCCUAAGGGAACUCUUUUGGCACUACUAAUCUCUAUGGUGAGCUACGCAUUGAUGGUGCUGAUAUCCGGUGCCGGCGCCCUGAGGGACGCCAGCGGAAAUCUUACUGACGUUAUCGCGAUGAAUGGAACCAUCAUUGACUUCAGCGCUGUCGACAGCUGUGUCAAUGCCACGCUCGGUUGUAAAUAUGGCCUUCACAAUAGCUAUUCGGUUAUGCAACUGAUGUCCGCGUGGGGCCCCCUGAUAUACGGCGGGUGCUGGGCGGCGACGCUCUCUACGGCACUUACGAACCUGCUGUCAGUGCCGCGGCUGAUCCAGGCCCUGGGCGUAGACAGGAUCUACCCGGGACUGAUAUUCUUCGCGAAGCCAUACGGCCGCCACGGCGAACCCUACCGCGGAUACGUGCUCACCUUCUUCGUUUCGCUAAUAUUCCUGCUAAUAGCCGACCUGAACACCAUAGCGCCGUUGAUCUCGAACUUCUACUUGGCGUCUUACGCCCUCAUCAACUUCUGCACGUUCCACGCCGCUUUAGUGCGACCUCUGGGCUGGCGGCCGACUUUCCGCUAUUACAAUGUGUGGGUAUCUCUCCUGGGCUUCCUCAUGUGCGUGGCGAUCAUGCUCCUCAUCAGUUGGGUGAUGUCGCUGGUCACCUUCGCGAUAUUCUUCACCCUGUACCUAAUAGUCCACUACCGUAAACCUGAUGUCAACUGGGGAAGCAGCACGCAAGCGCAAAUGUACAAGACGGCGCUUUCGAGCGCGCACAACUUGGCUCGCACCGGGGAGCACGUGAAGAACUAUUGGCCGCAGCUCCUGGUGCUUACAGGGCGGCCGCAACACCGGCCCGCACUCGUCGACCUCGGCAACCUCAUCACAAAGGCUGGCUCGCUCAUGGUCGUCGGGGACAUAUCGCAGAGCAAGAUGUCGUACAAGGAGAGGGCGAGCAGGGCGCGGGCGGCGGACGAGUGGUUGCGCGGUAGGAAGGUGCGCGCCUUCUACGCGUCCGUGAGCGGCUACGGGUUCGAAGAGGGCGCCAGGGCCCUUAUGCAGGCGGCUGGCGUCGGCCGCCUCGCGCCGAACGUGCUUCUCAUGGGCUACAAGGCGGACUGGACCACCGCCCCGGGCCCCGACCUGGUCUCCUAUUUCAACGUGCUCCAUCCGGGCUCAGAGCUGGUCUCCUAUUUCAACGUGCUCCACACUGCGUUCGAAACGCGCUUGGCAGUGGCGAUGGUGCGCGUGGCGGGCGGUUUGGACUUUGGUGCAGUGGCUUGCGAGGAGGCGCCUUCAAGGGGCCUCACCGCCACCUCCAGUAGCAGCGCAGAGCUGCGGGUGCGCGCUGCCAACAUCCUGCACGCGGAUUCUGACCUUGACCUGCGAGCUUUACACCCCGACUCGCAGCCCUCUAGCCGACACAACCUCAAUUUACUCACACUAACAACGUCCCGCUCAUUCACGAUAUCUGAGAAGAACGACGCAAAAGACAAAGAAAAGGAGAAGAAAAAGGAUAAAAAACCUUUGGACUUUCACAAGCAAAUCGUCUAUAAGUCGUCUUCGGGCUUAGAAGUGUCCACCGAUCAGUUGACGCAGAUGACCAUUUUCCAACGGAAACAGGACAAAGGCACGUUGGACGUGUGGUGGUUGUACGACGACGGUGGUCUCACCAUCCUCCUGCCGUACAUCAUCUCGCAGCGCUCCAGUUGGGCCAACUGCAAACUCAGGAUCUUCGCGCUGGCUAACAGGCACCACGAACUGGAGCUCGAGGAGAGAAACAUGGCCAACCUGUUGGCGAAAUUCCGCAUCGACUAUUCAUCCCUGACGAUGGUGCAAGACAUAACGGAGCCUCCGCAACCAGAGACCAAGAGCCUGUUCGACGAGACCAUAAAGAAGUUCACGGACGAGAACACCAGCGAAGAGUGCCGCAUAAGCCAGACGGAGCUGUCCACGCUGGCUGAGAAGACGAAUCGCCAACUGCGCUUGCGGGAACUACUGCUGGCUAACUCCAAAGACGCCCGCUUGGUGGUCAUGUCGCUGCCGAUGCCUAGAAAGGGUUCGAUCUCGGCCCCCCUGUACAUGGCGUGGCUGGAGAUGAUGAGUCGAGAUCUGCCACCGAUGCUGUUCGUGCGAGGCAACCACACGUCUGUCCUCACGUUCUAUUCU